CGGGCCGCGGGGGGGCGCUGCAGCGGCAGCGCGGGGUGAGAGGUCGGGACGAUGGCGGCGGCCUUGGGCGAGGAGGCGCCGGACAACCAGGACUACUAUGGGCUGCUCAACGUGCGCCGCGAGGCCUCCCAGGAGGAGCUGAAGGCCGCGUACCGCCGGCUGUGCAUGCUGUACCACCCCGACAAGCACCGCGACCCCGAGCUCAAAACACAGGCCGAGCGGCUCUUCAACCUUGUCCACCAAGCGUAUGAAGUGCUUAGUGAUCCACAGACCAGAGCCAUCUAUGACAUAUAUGGGAGGAGAGGACUGGAGAUGGAAGGCUGGGAGGUUGUGGAACGAAAGAGAACUGCAGCUGAAAUCAGGGAAGAAUUUGAGCGUUUGCAGAGAGAGAGGGAAGAGAGGAGACUGCAGCAGCGAACUAAUCCAAAGGGAACAAUUAGUGUGGGAAUAGACGCCACCGACCUCUUUGAUCGUUAUGACGAGGAAUACGAAGAUGUGCCUGGGAGCAGCUUUCCCCAGAUUGAGAUAAACAAAAUGCACAUAUCCCAGUCCAUCGAGGCACCCCUGACUGCCACGGACACAGCAAUACUGUCUGGUAACCUUUCCACCCAGAAUGGGAAUGGAGGGGGAUCAAUUAACCUUGCUCUGAGACGAGUGACAUCUGCCAAGGGAUGGGGAGAGCUGGAGUUUGGAGCAGGAGACCUUCAUGGACCUCUCUUUGGGCUGAAGAUAUUCCGUAAUCUUACACCAAGAUGUUUCAUCACCACAAACUGUGCCCUGCAGUUCUCGUCCCGCGGGGUCCGCCCCGGCCUCACCACAGUCCUGGCCCGCAACCUCGACAAGAACACGAUGGGCUACUUGCAGUGGCGGUGGGGCAUCCAGUCAGCCAUGAACACCAGCAUUGUCCGGGACACCAAAACCAGCCACUUCACCCUGGCACUGCAGCUGGGAAUCCCCCAUUCUUUCAUGAUGGUCAGUUACCAGCAUAAGUUUCAGGAUGAGGAUCAAACACGAGUGAAAGGUUCUCUCAAGGCAGGUUUCUUUGGGACCGUAGUGGAAUAUGGAGCAGAGAGGAAGAUUUCCAGGCACAGCGUUUUAGGAGCCACCGUCAGUGUUGGUGUUCCCCAGGGAGUGUCCUUGAAAAUCAAGCUGAAUAGGGCUAGCCAGACCUACUUCUUCCCUGUCCACCUAACAGAUCAGCUGCUUCCCAGCGCCGUGUUCUAUGCCACCGUGGGACCUCUUGUCAUCUACUUCGCCAUGCACAGGCUGGUCAUCAAACCCUACCUCAGGGCACAGAAGGAGAGAGAGCUGGAGAAGCAGCGGGAGAACACAGCCAGUGACAUCCUGCAGAAGAAGCAGGAGGCUGAAGCUGCGGUCCGGUUGAUGCAGGAGUCUGUCCGAAGGAUAAUUGAAGCAGAGGAAGCCAGAAUGGGUCUGAUUAUAGUGAAUGCCUGGUAUGGGAAGUUUGUUAAUGACAACAGCAGGAAGAAUGAGAAGGUGAAGGUAAUAGAUGUGACUGUGCCCCUGCAGUGCUUGGUGAAGGACUCUAAACUCAUCCUUACAGAGGCCUCCAAGGCUGGGCUGCCAGGCUUCUACGACCCCUGCGUGGGUGAGGAGAAGAGUUUGAAAGUGCUUUAUCAGUUCCGAGGAGUUCUGCACCAAGUGAUGUCAGCUGACAACGAGGCCCUUAGGAUACCAAAGCAAUCUCACAGGAUUGAUGCUGAUGGCUAAUCUGGGAGCUCGUGUCUGCCACGGGACCUGGGUCAAUGGAAACUGCACAACCUCCCCCGGACGCUGCAAGUUUGAACAGAGACACUUUUAUUUUUACUGUCCAUAUAGCAGGUGGUGUCCUGCCAAUUCUGUUAGGGACAAAAGGAGAGACCCUGCUGCUCCAGGCAGCUUCAAGGCAAUAUUGUGGCUUGGUACUCAAUAAAGCAGCGUGACUCUGA